AUGGUUGAGUUUCGCGUCCAGGAUAUUCCUGACCUUGAUGGGCAAGUUAUCAUUGUCACCGGCGGAAACGCAGGUCUGGGCUACGAAAGCGUAAAACAGCUGAGCGCUCACAAUCCCGCCCGCAUCUACCUCGCGGCACGAUCCAAGGAGAAGGCCGACAAAGCUAUACAGGAGAUUCAAGCGGCAAACCCAAGGCUAGAUAACAUCAGGUUUCUCGAGCUUGACCUAGCUAGUCUCGAGAGCGUCAAGGCUGCGGCCGCCGACUUCCUACGGCAAGAAACUCGACUUGAUAUUCUCAUGAAUAAUGCGGGCAUUAUGAUGACUGCUGAGGGACUAACUGCCGAGGGCCAUGAGAUUCAAUUCGGCACGAAUGUCAUUGGCCCCGCGCUGUUCACUCAACUCCUGCUUCCGGUCAUGCGCGAGACAUCAAAGAUCAACAAAGAGACACGCGUCGUAAUGCUGUCCUCGGCCGCACAUGCGAUGGCUCCCAACGAUGUCUACAAGUUCAAUGAACUCCGCACCACCAUGGCGGACCGUCGAACUACCCAGAGAUACACAAUGUCGAAGCUAGCUGAUCUUCACUAUUCGAGGGCCUUGGCUGAACGGGAAAGCCAGGUCAAAAUAAUUUGUGUGCAUCCGGGCAUGGUUGCCACCAACCUUCACCAUGAAUCCAAGGGCACUUUUCUCAGGCCUUUCCUAUAUACAGCCGGUUGGUUGUUCGCAACACCCGUGGCCAAGGGUGCGCUAUCUCAGAUCUGGGCUGCUGUUAGCCCUGAAGCUCAGAGCGGUCGAUAUUAUGGUCCAGUUGGAAAGCUCGAGCCAGGAUCAAAAGCUAGUCAAGAUCAUGAUCUCCAGGAGAAGCUUUUUGAAUAUGUUCAGAAUCAGAUCGAUAAUUUUGUUCCUAAACUCAUAUAG